GGCAGCAUGAGCUCCGGGGAGGUGUGGGCCGGCGGUUCUGGCCGGGUUCUGGUCUACAGGACGCUGAGCUUCGUGCUGCUGGUCCUGCAGGGCGCGGUUCUGGACUUCUACCUGAUCUCCUUCACGGACCCGUCCUGGUGCUCCUGGAUCGCCACGGACCUGGUGGUGGUCUCCGGGUGGGCCGGCUUCUUCCUCAAGAACUCUCGGAACCGGCGGGAGCGGGCCUGCGGGUUCCACCAGAAGGGUUCGGUUCCGGGCCGCAGCCUGGGGGAGUUCUCCUGGUCCUACCUGGCCUGGCUCAUCUACGUCAUCGCCUGCACCCCCAAGGUGGUCCUGAUCCUGGAGACCGGCAUCCUGGACCUGGUGGCGCUGAAGGUUCGGUUCGGGCUCACCGGGCUGAAGGUCGCGGUUCUGCUGUCCGGACCGCUGCUCUUCUGCCUCAUCAACUCCAUCGUGCUGGACCCGGACGGGCCGAGCCGGUACCGGGCCCACUGCUGCUUCCUCGGAACCUGUCUGGACCUGCUGGACGGGUUCGCGCUGCUGGAGCCGGUUCUGGGGGGCCAGGUCCAGUCCGGGUACCUCAGGUACACGGUUCUGGUCGUGUACUUCGUGGCCCUGGCGGUUCCGGUCGUGUGGCUCUACGAGCUGACUGAGGCCGAGCUGCGGUACCGGUGGAUCUGGGCCCGGUUCGGAACCGGCCUGCUGGUCAACUGGCCCCUGCUGGUGGUCCGGUUCUUCCAGGUUCUGGUCCAGCAGCAGCCCGUGUCCGUGUUCCUCUUCAAGAACCUCUUCUUCCUCCUGACCGGACUCCUGGACCUGCUGGACCGGGCCGCCGCGCUGCGCCGGUACCGGCUGGGCCGAACCGAGCCGGCCCGCUUCUCCCACUGCGUGUCCGAGACCGACAUGUGUCCGCGUGGGUUCUGA